ACAGGCUUUCCAGACAGCACGUGGACACGUGAAACCUGGCCCACUAUUAUAUAUACGCACUCGGGUGUACUUAACUUUGAGGGCUAGUCAGAACUGUCUCACAACUGCAAGACCGACUGAGGAAACAGUCACCAAAAGCGUCCAACCAGUCGACACAGAACCACCCUCAGAGCAACCAGGAGCCAGUCCAACUUUAAUGGGAGAAAUCUCCGUCAAGAAAGAUAUUUCCGAGAUGUCGCUAGCUUUCGUGGGAGCCGGGAAAAUGGCCCAAGCCAUGGCGAAGGGGUUCCUUGCGGCAGGAGUAGUAAAGGCAGACCACAUCACAGCUACAGCUCCUUCAUGUAGGAGUCAAGAUACACUAGAGGGUAUCGGGUGUCAAUUCACACACAACAACAAGGAAGCUGUAGCGAAUAGUGACAUCAUCUUUCUGUCGGUGAAGCCGCAUGUUUUACCCGGGGUUCUACAGGAGAUCGCUCCCGUCGUUACCAAGAGACAUCUCAUGGUCUCCGUGGCGGCAGGUGUCCCACUGCAGUUCCUAGAAGAGAAACUCCCCCCUAAGAGCCGCGUGAUCAGAGUAAUGCCGAACACGCCGUGCGUGGUGAGACAGGGCGCGUCCGUGUACGUACCCGGGAGUCACGUGGAGAAGGAGGACUCAGAGAUCAUCAAGUCUCUCCUGUCCAGUCUGGGGUACUGCAGUGAGAGUAACGAGGGGAUGAUAUCUGCUGUUACUGGGCUGGCCGGGAGCGGGCCUGCGUAUGCCUUCACAGCCAUCGAUGCGUUGGCGGACGGAGGGGUGAAGAUGGGGUUGCCACGGGAACUGUCAAUCAAACUGGCCGCACAAACAUUACUGGGUGCGUCCAAAAUGGUUCUAGAGACAGGGAAACACCCUAUGCAGCUGAAGGAUGAUGUCUGCUCCCCCGGAGGAACCACCAUUUACGCCAUCCACAAACUCGAGUCCGGCGGUUUCCGAAACUUACUGAUCGACGCGGUCGAAGGGGCGUGUCUACGAGCUGACGCCAUCGCCAAAAAGGCGAAAUGAAUAACGCAAACCGCUUCUUUUCUCACACCACUACUAGAAGAAUGAAGUUCUUCUCUGUUCUGUGAAUAGUUGAAUGUUGAGCUUCAUUCUAGUUUGUCGCAGAGUGUCGAAGUGUGUUCUAACUUCUAUUGUACGUCACAGCAAAGUGAGCUUGCUAUUUUUCUAAGGUUCUGCAAUACCGUUGUGAUAUGCAAGGGGGUGCUCUUGCAUAGUAGCAGUAACCGCACAUUCCAGAGUUGUGAGGUGAACACACUUGGACAGCCUGUUUUUUGUUGAGUUUUGUCUUACAAAAUUUAUAGUUACAAAGAUGUUUAUAUCUAGAUGUAUAACACUGUAUGUUACAUAGGAGACUGUUUUGUUUUCAAAACCAGAAAUUGCUUGGUUAAACACUUCUCCUAGAUUCAGGAAGUUAGCACAAGAUUAUGUACAGCUAAAAAGUGCAGAAAUCUGUCAAGUAAGCAGAAAAAAUAGUAGGUUUUGUGUAAGUUUUUCCACCACUUAUGCACGUUACAAAGUGAUACGUGGCAGACAUACCCACAUUCAGUUCAACAUCUUAACAUUGUUUGCAGCAGAAUUUGAAUAUUUCUCAUCUACAAUUUAUCCAACAGUUAGGUGGGUCUUUCUGCCCAAAAUGUUGGAGAAGAAUCUGUAAAAAGCAAAAGACAUCUCUGUUGUUGUCUGUCACCAUAAGUUUUUGUGGAACGUAGAUUUGUAAGGAAAAGUUAAGAAGUGCUCUCUCCACUCCACACAUUUAUUGAGAAGGAUUGGGUGAGAAUUGUGGUGUUAGAUGUUAAAAGGAAUUAAGAGAAGGUUAAUUUUUUGAUAGGUUUGCGGUAAGGAAGGAAAGUGUACGGCUGGGUGUUAGGUAGGGUUCUUUUUUGGUCUGGAAAAGUUGCGAACUCACAAAAAGAAAUAACCAAGACUUUUCAUAAGCAGUAGUUUUCACUACUCAAAAUUUAAA